AUGGCCAAAGUUGACCCAAACAGAACGAAUUCCACUGAGAGAGAUCCAUGUUCUUUUGAGCCUUACACGUCAACAGAGAAAGCCUUCCAGUGUAUAGCUUACUUCAUCAUCAUGUUCGGCUCCUUCAUCGGUAACGUGUUGGUCAUAUGCGUUGUCAUUCUGAACAGACAAAUGCGAACUGUCACGAAUUAUUUGAUAGUAAAUGUGGCAGUGGCAAAUCUUUUCAUUACAACUUUCACUAUGCCGGUCGCUGUAAAAGCUCUCGCGACGGGACGCGGCAUAAAUUGGUCAAAUGGUGUCUUGUACGAUUUAUUGUGCAAGAUAAUCCAAUUCAGCCAAGCUAUGUCGAUCGCAAGCUCUGUUUUGAGUUUGACAGUUAUCGCUGUUGACCGCUUCUUAGCAGUAAUGUACCCUAUGAAGACGUUCGUGACUAUUCAGAAAACGUACGGUGCAAUAGCACUGAUCUGGUUUGUGGGUAUCUUGGCUAAUUCACCGACGCUUUACGCCCAAAAAAUUGUGUACCUUGAACGCAAUCAAAGAUGGACCUGCGUAGAGAUAUGGGAACCAGCUUUCAUCGAAGGAGGAUACAAAGCCUUUACAAUCGUUCUGUUUGUGUUUUUUUAUCUAUUUCCUCUACUAACCAUGUCAAUUCUGUACAGCUGCGUCAUUUACAAACUUUGGGUAAGAAAAGUACCGGGAAAUCAAACUUCCGAAAACCAGCAGCGAUCGAACAAAUCCCGAAAGAAAGUCUUGAAAAUGCUUCUUGCCGUCGUAAUUCUUUUUGCAGUGUGCUGGUUUCCAGUGUACAUCACUCAAUUUAUCCGGUUCUUUGGCGAGGAGGACUUUCCCUGCGGUGCACCAAAGACUUUGGCAUUUAUGGGCUAUUUUUUGGGGCAUGCUAACAGCGUCAUUGAUCCUGUCAUUUAUGCGAUAUUCAACUCUGACUUUCGAAAAGGAUUUAGAAAUGUUUUACUAUGUCAUUAUUCACGGAGGAGCAGAGUUGCUCCGCAAGUCAACAUAGGAACCGUAAUUGGGAGGGAAAAUUGUCACGUCGCUGAUGCGAUUGGCCUCCCGCGUAUUCGAACGCGGACAUUUUAA